AUGGUCCGCGCGACAUUGCCGCUCUUGUCGCUUGCCGUAGCCGGCCUCAGCCUCGCUGAGGACUCGCUGUACAGCAAGCGGGCAAACAAGCGCUUCAUCGACGACGGUGGUAACUACAAUAUCUCGUUCUACCACAUCAACGAUGUCCACGCCCACUUGGACCAGUUCUCGUCCUCCGGCACGGACUGCACGAGCCCUGAGAAGGGCUGUUACGGAGGCUAUGCGCGGGUCAAGACUGUCCUCGACGAGACCCGGCCGGAUCACCCUGAUAGCUUGGUACUUAAUGUUGGCGACGAGUUUCAGGGCACGCUGUUCUUCAGCUUCUACGGCGGCGAGAAGAUCGCCGACACUCUCAACCAGAUCGGGUUCGAUGCUAUGACACUCGGUAACCACGAAUGGGACCGCGGUGACGACUACUUGGGCGAUUUUCUCAAUAAUCUGACAUUCCCCAUCGUCUCGGCAAACAUCGUCUCAGAUAACAAGAAGUUGAACUCUACAAUCAAGCCCUACCACAUCUUCGAAAAGUACGGGCUGGCCAUCAUCGGCGCAACCACGGAGACAGUUUCCAGCAUCAGCAAUCCCGGCCCAGGCACGCAGUUCACGGACGUCGUGGCCGCCGUCCAGGCCGCCGUCGACGAGAUCCGCAGCACCACCAACAUCACGCGCAUCGCGGCCAUCACGCACAUCGGCUACGAAGAAGAUAAGCGUCUCGCGCAGGAGAUCUCGGGUCUGCAGCUCAUCAUGGGCGGACACUCGCACACGCUUCUCGGCGACGCCGAGGACGCCAAGGGACCUUACCCGACUAUCGAGACGAACAAGGAUGGUGAUGAGGUCUUUAUCGUCACGGCGUAUCGCUGGGGAGAGUACCUUGGGUACAUCGAUGUUACGUUCGACGAGGAGGGCAAGAUCCUUGCGUACCAUGGUGCCCCCAUGCAUUUGACCAAUACCACGAAGCUGGAUGAGGAGCUUCAGGCCAAAAUCAAGGAGUGGAGGGGUCCGUUCGAGAAGUUCGCGGCCGAGGAGAUUGGGGAGUCUAACAUCGUCCUCGACCAGACCACGUGCCAGGAUAAGGAGUGCACGCUAGGCGAUCUGAUCAGCGACGCCAUGCUCCAAUACCGUCUCGACAGCGGCAGCUCCGCCGUCUUCGCCUUCGCCAACGCCGGCGGUAUCCGCGCCAGCAUCGACCAAGGGCCCAUCACGCGCGGCGAGGUCCUCACCUCCUUCCCCUUCAGCAACGCCGUAGUCGAGAUCGAAUUCACAGGCGCCCAGCUCUGGAGCACUUUCGAGGGCAUCGUGAGCGCCGUGAACCAAGAGAACGGCGAGCCCGUGACGAGCUUCGUGCAGGUUAGCAAGGGCAUCAAGAUCGGUUAUAACCCCGACAACGAAGUCGGCGACCGACUUGUCAGCCUCGAGAUUGGCGGCGAGGAUGUCGAUAUGGAGGCUGACUACACCGUUGUUACGAUUGACUUUUUGGCCGGCGGUGGCGAUAAUUUCAUCGAGCCGAUUGAGGAUCUUGUUGUUCUGGAUACUCUCGACGAGGUCCUUGUGGAGUAUAUCAAGGCGAAAAGUCCCAUUGAUUUCGAACUUGACGGGCGUAUUGCCGUGGUUGAUGGUGCUGGUGGUAGUGGAAGUGGGAGCGGUGGUAAUGGCUCUACACCUACGGGUGCCACUCCAUCGCCGACAGUCAUGCCUGGUGCUGCUGGGACUGUGGGUGUUGUCUCGGGCGUCGUCCUUCUUGUUUGGACUGCCCUGUUGGCUGUUGUCGUCAUGUACUAG